AUGAUGGAGAGUAAGAAAUUCAAACCCUUCGAUACAGUCGUAAACUUUAACGAAGACUUCAUUUCAGAUUGUGAAGUACACAUUAAGACAAGUUCUUCAAAAUAUGGUUUUUGUAGCUAUCCAGGUACCAAAGAAGAAAACGAAUCACAGUCGCUAAAUAUUAUUGCUGCUCUCGGAUCAUUCUUUCAGGGUCGGGACACAAGCCGAAAACUUUUAGAUUCAGAUGUUACUACAAACCUUCAGAGUCCUGAAAACAAAAACUUAUUUCAAAACUCAUGUUCCCCCAGUGAACCGUUAAAAUUCAUAGGUUAUCGACCCAUAUUCGGUUCUACGAAUUAUAUUGACUUAUGUUCUUUCGAUACUCAUAAUCGUCUCAAACCUUUUGAAUUAUCAUUUCUAGGUGUUCCUCUCUUCACUUCUUCGACCCAUUCCUAUUAUUCAGAUGACUGUAUUUAUAACAUUACCAAACAACAAACUAUGCUUGUAUCAAGAUCUUUUAACAACAAGUCCAAAAAGGGACGUGUAAGAUCACUUUCUGAAUUAUCGCUUCAACACGUCUAUCAUAAGGAAAAAAGAAGUGUAGCUGAAGCAGGCGUUUAUUCAUCUUGCAACCAUUAUGAAAAAGAACUGAAUUACCUUCGGCAGGAGCUUAUGGCGCGCACUGAAGAGGCAGAAAAGAUUGCACAUGAACGUAUGCAUGCAAAGAAUGAAGAAAAACAAUCUGGUGAUCAUUUACGCGAACUGACAAAAGAGGGUUCUGCUAAGACAGAUACUAUUAAUAAGUUAAAAGAAAAAGUUUCUGAGCUAUAUGUUGAAGUGGAAUCCCUUCGGUAUUCUCAUCAACAAGCCAUCCGUCACCAAGAAGAUUUACAGAAGGAGAUCGACAUUUUGAAGUGCUCACGUGAUUGGUACGCUAAUCAGCUUCGUUCAGUUCAGUGUGUUAGUGAUCGUGUUCAAAACGAACCUGAAAGAAUUAUCAACUUACUAAGGGAUAGCAGUGAAAUAAAUCAUCGUCUAGCACAUGAAGUUGCUUGUUUGCGAGCUCAGUUAGUAUGUAGCAAGGCCGCCUUAGCUGAUGCUAAACGAAAUCUCUCUCGCCAGUUAAAGUCUAUCCGUGUUGAUAUGGUAGAACGUGAAGCCAUUUUUGAGCGUAUUACUACUGAACGAACUUUAUUUGAGAAUAUCAGUCGUCAGCGCGCUGAUGAGAUAAGAGAGCUACAGACUCAGGUGUCGAAUUUUCAAAUGGAACUUAAGGCUACUAAAGAGUAUAUUUUGCUUCAGAAGAAUAAACUGUUGGAUGCUGAAGGAGCCCUGGUAGUCGCAGAAAGAAAACGCAGUGAAUUACAAAACCAGUUAGAAUCCUUUGAAAGAGAACAAUUUACGAAGGAAAACUAUCUAGAUGAUCAAAUCUCUAGAUAUGGUAUCAUCUUAGAAAGUCUGAAGGUUUAUGAAAACGGCGAUAAAAGUAAGGGCAUCUUAAUUGAUGAGAUUCUAGAAGAAAAAGCCACACUCACUGCAGCUCUCUCAGCAUCACAAUAUGAAAAAGAGACAUUGAAUAAAUACUUGAUAAAUUUGAAGGAUAACUUAGUCAGAGUAGAAAAAAGUUUUGUCAUCCUUAGACGGGAAAUUGAAUCCAAGUCUGCACAAAUUGUGGAGCUCACCACUCAACGAGACAGUAUGGCUGACAAAAUUAAAUUUCUUUCUGACCAGUUAAAUGAUUACUGGGAAGUGAUUGAAAAGUUAAGGCAAGAAAAAGAGAAAUUAAAUUCUUCCUUAAAAGUUUCGCUGACAGAAACCGAAAAUUCCCACAACAAUCUAAACAAAUUAAAUCUUUCACUCCAAAAGGCUGAUGGUGGCUUUGAAACUGUUGCUAAAGUGAAACAUGUAGGAUCGAGUUCUCUUUUGUCGAGUCAGAUAAUUAACAAACAACUUACAUUAGAGUCGCAGACCAUUCAUUACUUCCCAGUUGCAAUGGAGACCUUUCAAAGUCAACCAAAUACUGCUUCUUUACCGUCUUCAGUUGAUAAUUUCAGUACCUCGGAUGCCACACAUUCUUUACACAUUCAAGUGAAUAAAGAUAGUUGUUGGCAAAUUAUGAAUUUAAACAGAAGAUUAUCCAGUGACGCUGUUUGUGACGUAGCUCCAAUUUUGCAAAAUACAAUCGGUGUACUGGAUUCUAAUUAUGACACUCAAAAUAUUGGCUCGAAUUCACAGGAAAACUAUCCCAAAACACUUUUAAGUUCUGAUAAAAAUAUAUUUUGGUCAACGGAUCCUUCAUCUUUAGUUUCUGCCCGUGUUUUGUCUCCUUCAUACGAGCAAAAUCAAAUGGGAUUAAAUCAAACAGUUCCUUAUUCAAAUAGUCAGUGUUAUCUUGAUAACUGGCCAUAUAUACAGCAGUCACCAGAUAACCAGAAUAUUGCUAAUGUGGAUUCUGGCUUUCACAUUUCAGACACCCAUAUAACAACCAAUCAACUACGUUCUUCGUAUAACCAACAACGUAAUAUACCUUAUUUAAAUCUAUAUUCACAUGAUAGUCUGAACCAUACUGAUGAGUAUAAAUCCAAUGUACAACAAGAUAAUUCGUACACGAGUCUAUCUAAAGGUGAAUGUUCCUCGGAUGUUAAUUGUGAUAUUACACUUACUAGAAACAACAUUUUAAUUCCUAGAGCCAGUUCACCUUUGAACCACAAAACCAAUAAUCUGAACUGUGAUAAAAUUUAUACAGAUCCAUUGGAUACACCAGAACAACAACAAAAUAUCUGCUUUUCUAACAAAAAUGAUACUUGUACGAUCUUAUCUACUGAGCAGGAUACCAACUAUAAAUGUGCUGCUACUGACGUUCAAAAUAUUCAUACAAAUGGUUGGACAGGUAAAGAGUCAUCUAGAUGCUCUAGUAAUUUCCGUGUUAAAAUAAAUGAAAGUGGAACACCAGUUAAGUUGACGGAAUAUUUCUCAAAUAAUCAUCAAGGGAACCAGACAAAUGAAGUUUUCCACAUACAGAAUGUAACCACUACCUUACUACCUGUCACUGAAACAUCCGAGUCAAUACUAUAUAGCUGUUCAUCACAUGAAAAUUCGAAUCUGACUGAAAUUACUGAAAGUAAAGCAGAAAGACUGAAAUUAUAUCAAGUUGAAGGAUCAAAUCAGUCAACAGUCAUUUCUAAAAAAAGUGGUCAUGAAUACUGUUCAUGUUCUGCCCCUUCUGAAACACCAAAUGACUUAAGAAUAUGCAAUACCCGUCAGUCUAAUAUCAAUACUUGUUCUUUAACACACACAUAUGAUACAUCUGAAGCUCUUCUAAUGUCUUCUUUCGAUGAACUGAACUGUUUGAAAAGUGAGCGGGACAAGCUUUCCGAGCAUGUUUCAGUCUUGCAAAAGGAUUUAGCCAAUGCUGUUGUUAACUUAACAACUUAUCAGAAAGAGGCAGAAAUACAAACACUUAAUGCUGAGCGUGAAAAAGUCGCCCAUCAACAAGCACUAGAGGCUCAUCAACUUACUAUUAUGGAACUUAAUAAUGCCAAAGCCGAACUUGAUAACGUGCAAAAGUUAGUUAGUGAACUUCGUCAGGAAGUUGUCUCUUCAAAAGAAGAAGUGGCAUUAUUGCGGGCGCACGAAGAUGAAAAUCGUUCUCUCUAUGAAAUGGAAAUCAAUUCAAUGAAAUCAAUUGUUAAGAUAACAAGCGAUCACUUAUCAACACUGGCAGAAUCACUCUACAAUGCGCUGAGUGAAAAAGCUAUACUACAGAGGGAAUUCAAUCAUUUGAAAAAUAGGAUUCAUGGUCAGUUACAGAAAUUUCGUUUAUUUACUCGUUUGGAGUUAUAUGACGAAUCUAAAAUAAUCAACCAAGUUUCUGUUGAUCCAUUAGCUGCUCUUGGAAUUUAUUUAGAAAAUCUGGUUGAUGGUAACUCUCAGAUCAGUUUUCAUAUAAAGUCACCUCUCGUAAUAUGCUUAUCAGUGACUCAACUCAAAAUUAAUAGUCAUCAGUUGACGUACAGUUUCAUUCAUAUGGCAUUUACUUUUAAACUGCACUGCCUCAAGGGAGGAGCAAUCGUGAUUUGCAAUUAAGGGUGGAUGAACACAUACCAAAAUGGUUGCAAAAACAAAUGGAUUCCAAUGGUCAAAUAAGAUCACAGGAUAGACAGACAUCAUCCUCCAUUGCGAAACAUUUGAUUGAGACGGGUCAUAAGGUCGACAUCAAAUCAGCAUUUGUAGUGUUACACAAAAGCCUUCAAGGACGUAUACUAAGAUUUAUUGAAGCCUUGGUUAUACGGAAACUAAAACCCCCUUUAUGUGUUCAAAAACAAUUUGUCCUUACACUAAAGCUACCCUGGUAAUACUGAUUUAUUAUCCAGAGUGGUAAUCACAUUUGUUUUGUGUACUUUAAUAUUUUUUUCCCUUGUCAUGACUUACCCUUAACCUGUCUAGUUGACCUUUUAUUUUUAUAUAUAAAUGUUCUUAACAAGUAUAUGUGUGAUCAGAUUGUUCGAAAUGUAUUGCGCUAAUAUAUCACAUAAUUCUGAUAAACUCCGUCUUCUCAUUGCAUUAUCAAAAUUU